AUGCAUGCGCCUCAAAUCAGUCGCCCGAUUGUCGCGAUGAAGUCGGCCGCUAGCCUGCUUCUACUCGCGCUUGUCGUCACACAGGCACAUGCCACUCUCUUUCAUUGGGAUAAUGAGUAUCAAAGGAUAAAUAGACGUCAACAUCACGAAUGGAUGACUAAUGAACAACUUGCUGAGAUCGAGCCGGUAGCUUCGGAUGAAGAAAUCGAAGAGCUCAGGGAAAUCGAACGAAGUGGAGACAAGCAUCGCCUCGUUUCGAAAAUCGAGUCCUACAAAAUGCGACUUCCCAGAGACAUCCAGGAACAAGAUGGGUACUGGAAUCGAUGCUACAGACUACUGGGAGCUGUUCCGCGUAGACGUCGUGACCUCGACAAGAACUUCGACGACUUCACCGGAUGGAUGACAGAUGAGCAGAAGAAAACGGUGAGCGACAUGAAGGAUUCCGGCAAGUCGUAUGAUGAACUUCGUCAGAAGACGAUCGAGUUUUUCGAAGCGCUCCCUGCAGAACGACAAAAAACCCUCAAGGAGGAGUUCAAGGGAAAGUGCAAGGCAUUUUUCAAAAAGAUCGCCACUGAAGAAGAGAUGCAGAAAAUGAAAGCCCUGCAUGAAAGUGGCAGUACUGACGAGGUGCGCACAAUUGUCAAGGAGGUGAUUGGGCGCCAAACUGGAGACGACAAGGUAUUGGCAGUGAAAAUGGAAGCGGUAAGUUGA